AUGUCGGCCACCGAGGGGAGCAGCCUGGCAGGCGACAAUGCUCCCCAGAAACCGUCUGACCAGCAAUUGAACCGAGCCUGCGAACCAUACUCUGGAUCAUCAACGUGCCAACGCUGCGCGAAAGCAAAACGGACGUGUGUCUUCGUUGCGCCCCAAAAGAGGAGACAGCGUAAACGAACCGACGUGAGAGUUGCAGAACUUGAGCGCGAAGUAAGACAAAUGCGUGCUCUUCUGAAAGCAUCCAAGAUAUCCCACGGUAUUCAAGAAACAGAAGAGCUCGACGACUCCAACUCGGAUGACCAAGAGAGCACGCCAGACCAAACACCGGACCCAGCAUCCGUCAAACUACCAUCACUAACACACCUCCCCUGGGGGAACGAGUCUCCUAUUCAACCACCUGUGGAAUCUCCCGGGGCUUCGGAAUCCGAAAUUGCGUCGGACAUUGUCUCGCGUGGUCUUAUAACCAUGGACAUGGCCAACGAGUUCCUGAAUCUAUACAGAGAGGAGCUCUGUGACUACUAUCCUGGAACUCUCAUACCGGACAAUUGUACUGCUAGCGAGCUCAGACAGUCUAAGCCAGUCCUCUUCUUAUCAAUCAUGGCAGCAACCAGCCAAUCGAAAGGCUUCGAGUUAUCCGAGCGUCUUUUUGCAGAAGUAUUGAAAGUUUAUGCGGAUCGGAUUUUCAUCAAAGGAGAAAAGAGGCUUGAAUACGUGCAAGCACUAGUCAAUACUAUUUGCUACUAUACGGCGCCAGGCACGCAAGCUCAACUUCAAUUUUAUCAGUACUCGAAUAUGGCAGCUACAAUGGCAAUCGAAAUUGGAAUUGCUUCGAAACCUCGAACCCACAAGCAACUACCACAGAGACAUGGUGAGGAUUUGGUACCAGUGUCAUCUCCUGAUGGGCUCUUAGAAAACUGCCGGACAAUACUGUUAUGCUAUCUUUUGACGGCAGGAUUAUCAAUGAGACUCCGCAGGCCCAACAUUCUUGUAUUCAACAGCUGGAUGGCUGAGUGUAUGAGCUUACUAGAAACAUCGCCCAUUUUGGCAGACAAGCAAAUUUGUGCAUGGGUCAGAUUGCAGCGAAUAGCAGACGAGGCCACAACAGCAUUUGGAUUCGACGACGCAAGCACAAGCUUUGGUCUCACAGAGUUACGCAUGCAAGUCGUGCUCCGCGAGUUUGAACGGAAGAUGGACGCGUGGAUGAGAACUACUCCGCCUGAUGUCAUGAAUCUGUCUAUGCGCAUAUCUUAUCAGCAGGACAUCAUCAUGAUGUGGGAUUUCGCAAUUGACGAAGGAAAACACGAUGCUCCCAAUUUUCGGCACAAGUACUUCACUUUACCAGCCCUUGACCAGCCGCUGGGUCAAGGUGAGAAGACGAUGCCUCUGAAGUCCCUUCAAAUCACCGCGACCUUGAAGUGUAUGGAUGCCUCUCAAUCACUCCUGGAUGAGUUUCUCAGUCUUUCGGCCAAACAGCUGCAAAAAGUGCCGAACGUGUUCUUUGUUCGGGCAGCCUUUUCUUUAGUAGUCCUUAUGAAAGCGGACUACGCUCUUUGGACCAAUCAAGAAGGUCUCAGCGAAUUGAUGGAUGCCCAGAGUCUAAAGCUCGACUACUACCUGAACACUGUCGUCAGCCGCAUCGCCGAAUCUAUUGGCCCCCAGAUUUGCCGCGUGCCGUCUCAUUGGCUCAAUGUGAUAAAGACGAGAAUACUACCAUGGUACGAGCAAUACCAGCAAGUUCGACUCUCUCGAAAUGCAUCCCCUCAGCAAGCCGUUGCCGUAGAAAGUCACGGCCCAACAUCCAACUCCAACCAGCCUUCCGCACAUAUCGCUUCCCCUACCGGUGCAUUCGUAGCUUUUCCAGGAGGUUCCGUUUCUCUAUCCAUUACAGGAUCUGACCUUACGCCAUUGCCUGCCGCUACUGGAAACCCCGGGCAUAUGACUUUUUCGAAAUCGCCAGCGAAUAUUGACCAAGUUGCGAACAAUGACUCUCAAUGGAACUUCCUCGCGGAUGAUUCGACGUACAUGGCAGACAAAGCUGCCUUUCCGGCAGAUAUGAAUACCUUAUUCGACCAGGGAGACCUCUACUUCUGGAACGACGAGAUGGACCUUAGCGGGCCAUGGAUGCCACCAAGCAGCGACUUCGACGUGCAGUCUCAAUAUCCACCGCAAGGCUCUUGAUAGCGGGUUGACGCGUCUCAUCCUUCGCCCGCUGCUUGACGAGUUCAGGAUAUGAGAAGGAUCAAUGAGAGGGCAUUGGCACUCGUAAUUAGAAAGCCCUGGCGGUGUUGGCGGUUUAGUAGUUGGAUUGGUACUCGACCCAUGCACACUCCUGAAGCAUUGUAGAAGGCAUCGACCUCGAAGGAUAUAAGUGAUGCGGACAAAGGGCGACUCCACUCGUAACGAAGGUAGGAUUUUUUGACCAUAUUCAGAGUAUUGCGCUGGUGACGUAGGCUUUGUGUGAUUCAUAUCGUACAAUUCACUUGUGUUCUCUUCUUUGAUGACGGUGUUAAUACGGCAGCCUCACCGCUAGCCAGACGGUCAAGAUCCUUCACUGUCGCGAAAGUUGGCUAGCAAAAUACUUCGGUGGUAGCCCUCCCCCGACACCGACG